UAUAAACUGCAAAGCACUGCAGGAUGUUUGCUGAACGGCGGUCUCAGUUGGGAAGACGGGAGAACUAUUCUGGGGACCCUCAACUUGGCUGAGGAGAAAGGCGCGUGCGGCGAAUUGUUUCCCGGCUGCUUUGGGGAAGAACCGAAGGGAUUAAAGGCUUGUAAGCUCAGACUUUCAGAAACAUGACCACUGGAACACAUCCAGGUCAGCUCCUGAUGCUGCUGUGUCUCCUGCGAGCGACUGCGGCGACCUGCCCCUCCAUGUGCCUCUGCACCGCUGACAUGGUCAGCUGCACCUCCUGCGGUCUCAGUAAGGUUCCUCGCUCGCUACCGGCCGUCUCCAUCACCCUUGACCUCAGCCACAAUCACAUAUCCUGGUUAAAUCCCGGAUCUAUCCACAAGAUGCCUCGCCUGGAGAAUCUCAGGCUGUCAAGUAAUCAGCUCACAGCUUUGACGCAAGGGGUGUUUCUGAACAGCUCCGGCCUGCGACAUCUGGAUCUGUCCUCCAACAAGCUCCAAAUUGUGGAGCGGCACUACUUUGAGGGACUGUGGCGACUGGAGGAGCUACUUCUGUUCAACAAUAAAAUUACACAAGUGGAGGCCAACUCGCUGAACGGCCUAAGCAGCCUGAAGAAGGUCUACUUCAGCCUAAACCACAUCACGAUCUUCCCGUUCUUCUCAAUUCAAGACCACAGCCAUCCAUUCCUGACCAUGCUGGACCUCUCCUCUAACCGCCUGACCCGUCUCCCGUGGGAGGAUGUGAAAGCUCUGCCUGGUUUAGUGCAGCGCGGUCUUUAUCUUCAUAAUAAUUCUUUGAUAUGUGAUUGCUCUAUGUUCAGCGUCUUCUGGCACUGGGACCUGAGGGGGUAUGAGUCAGCGAAGGAUUUCACGGACGAGCACACGUGCAGCCUCUACGGGGACCCCCGAGCAUCCAUCCAGUUCCUCAGACACUCCCGCUUUUUCAACAACUGCUCCAUCGAGAGCGGCGUCUCGCUGCCUGUGACAGUGCUUCUCUCCAAGGUGUUGGUUACAGAAGGCGAGCGAGUGCGCCUGGACUGCCAAACCUCGCUGAGCAGCACAGCGAGCUCAUUUACAUGGCUCUCCCCAAGCAAGGGCUACCUCGGCGUCUCCAACUUAAAUGACACUUUAAUUAGCCUGUUUCCUAAUGGCACCCUGGAGAUUCAAGCAGCCAAGGUCAAUGACUCAGGCUUGUACGUGUGCACCGCGGUGGAUAGUAAAAACGCUCAAAAUGCCACCAGAGAGGUGAACGUGACGGUGAUAGCGGCUGUUGCCGAGUCCUUCAACACCGGCUACACAACUCUUUUGGGCUGUGUGGUCACGAUGAUCGUCAUCCUUGUCUAUCUGUAUAUGACUCCAUGUCGCUGCAGCAGCUGCAAACAACCCAAAUCUCCGGCCAUAUCCAUCCCCACCUACGACCCUGCGGACAUUCCUUCCGUUUUCGCAUCCUCAUCAAUGGACCAGCCGAAAGUACAAGUGAAUAAGCAUGUGGCAUUUAUAGAGCCAAUGGCAGGUGAGGGAAGAACACAAUGGACUUCUGAAAUUGGAUGCUAAUCGAAUGAGAGGAGGACACUACUGAAAUAGCACCGGAGGACUGAGCUGCAUUAUUUGGACUCCUUUAAUCCCCGACAACAAAUGGAAAAGUCCCUGCUAGGAAAAAUAAAUAGUUAAUAAAGCUUUAUUUUGAUACUUACAUCAAGCACAAGUGAGGAACAAACUGGACAAGCCGGGUUUUAAAUGGAAGUUCAACUCAAGUUUAAGGCCCAGAGUCUUCUGACAGUGUGGAAUCACAGCCCGGCUUUUAUCAGCACUCCAAAUCAGCUAAUAACUUCUGUAUACUCCAGCGCUGCUGCGCCAUAUAUACACUUCUGUCUCAGGGAAUCAAGGCUGAAUGUAGAUCCAUUUUCACAUAACGUGUUUAACAAGGAUUUAAACCUGGGGAAGAUUAUUACUCUAAUUGAGUGCAGAAAAUAGAUCAGGUGGCGUAGCUGGGUCGUAAUUCCUCUUGUCAGCGAUGCUAGCAGCUGCUUCAGAAGUGACUGAAUGAUACAGAAGUUGUUUAUUUUCAAAGGAAUUUAUUAAAAGUGGGUAGCAAACUCUUUUUUUCAAUCAGUAGGAGCUUUGCAAAACAUGUUUAAACUACUGUUUCUGUUAAAUGAGAUGAGGUACUGACAAAUCAGAAACUGUUUCGAAAAUAAUGUUCACAAUACGCAGCAAAGUGUAGCUAGGUGGUUUAAAAUGUAUUCUUGUUUUGUUUGAUGAAUAGUUGUUGUCUUGACCACAGUCUUGUCAGCUACUGUGGUUAGAAUCGGCAAAAUCAAACCGUAAUCUCUGUUGUAGAUCUUGGCGUCUUGUGUCGUGUUCUCAAGCUAGUUGACACUUUUUUUAAGCUCCUCAAGAUGAUCAUGAAAGCGCCUCCUUCAUAAUACGUGCACAUUAGUGCACGUACAAGAGAGAUUAUACCCAAAAAAAUGAACUGGGACUUGUCAAGCUAGAGGAUCCAUGAUCCUCCAUUAACUGUAUGGAAAUACAGUACAUUCUAAAAAUCAAAAUCCAAACCUCACUGAGACACCUUAGAUUAUUGAGUAAAUAAGUGGUUUCCAAAAACAUUUCACACCAAGAGGGGGAGGCAAUUCAUAUGACAAAAUGUGUCCAUGAUAAGUGCCAGAUUAAAGCAA